GGGGAGGCGUGGCCGUGGUGUCUGCGGAGGCGCGGGCGUCGCGGCCGGGACUUUGGCUUUGACACCGACAGCAAGCAGGAGCCGUGGCUCUGGUGCUGGGGUCUGGACGCGGUUCUUGCGGACCCCGCUUUCGAGGCGAGAGCAGGACUUUUUUGCCUGGAUGAACGCAACUGCGGCGCUGGUGCAGCAAUAGGCUUUGGUGCUGCCGCGGAGCCGAAUUUCACCGCCGCUGCCGCCUCCGCGAAGCCCUGCAGCUCCUGCCGGUUCUGGGAGAGCGACUCUGAGAGUUUCUCCAGCAGGAAGAGCUGGGACCCGUGGCCCGAAGCGGCGUGGGAGAGAUCCUGCGGCCCAUCCCUGACCUGCCCCCACGUGGGCACUAGGGCUGAAAACUGGGGCCCCGCGCUGUCCCGGGUUGGGCUCAGGCUUCGGAGCCGCAGGUGGAAGGAGAACAGCCCGGAGGAGUGCCUCAGAGGUGGCCAAGUGAAAGUGUGAACACUCUGGGCAUGGAGAUUUAGUGUUUGUGGUGCCCACUUCGUGCCCUGACUCCUUCACCUUACCUUUUUCUGCGUCUGUGAGGUCUACCAGGCUUCUUCUCUAGCCAGCGAGUUCUGCGGUGGUGAGGCCUUCCUGGGCCCCUGAUCCUGGCCGGCCAUGGGGAGCACGCUGGGCUGCCACCGCUCCAUCCCCCGGGACCCCUCAGACCUGUCCCAUAGCCGCAAGUUCAGUGCUGCCUGCAACUUCAGCAACAUCCUGGUGAACCAGGAGCGGCUCAACAUCAACACCGCCACGGAGGAGGAGCUGAUGACCCUGCCUGGGGUGACGCGUGCAGUGGCACGCAGCAUCGUGGAGUACCGCGAGUACAUUGGUGGCUUCAAGAAGGUGGAGGACCUGGCGCUGGUCAGUGGCGUGGGUGCCACCAAGUUGGAGCAGGUCAAGUUCGAGAUCUGCGUGAGCAGCAAGGGCAGCUCCGCGCAGCACUCUCCCAGCUCCCUGAGGCGGGACCUGCUGGCGGAGCAGCAGCCUCACCACCUGGCCACUUCCGUGCCCCUCACCCCGCGCGUCAACAUCAACACAGCCACCCCCGCUCAGCUCAUGAGCGUGCGUGGCCUCACGGAGAAGAUGGCCAUCAGCAUCGUGGACUACCGCCGGGAGCACGGACCCUUCCGCAGCGUCGAGGACCUGGUGAGGAUGGGCGGCAUCAAUGCCGCCUUCCUGGACAGGAUACGGCACCAGGUGUUUGCCGAGAGGUCCAGGCCCCCGUCCACCCACACCAACGGGGGCCUGACCUUCACCGCCAAGCCUCACCCCAGCCCCACCUCGCUGAGCUUGCAGAGUGAGGACCUGGACCUGCCGCCAGGGGGACCUACGCAGAUCAUCUCCACGCGGCCUUCGGUGGAGGCCUUUGGGGGCACAAGGGACGGGCUGCCUGUGCUGAGGCUGGCCACCUGGAACUUGCAGGGCUGUUCAGUGGAGAAGGCCAACAACCCGGGGGUGCGGGAGGUGGUGUGCAUGACGCUCCUGGAAAACAGCAUCAAGCUGCUAGCCGUUCAAGAACUCCUUGACCGAGAGGCCCUCGAAAAGUUCUGUACGGAGCUGAACCAGCCAAUCCUGCCCAACAUCCGCAAGUGGAAGGGGCCCCGAGGAUGCUGGAAGGUCGUGGUUUCCGAGACGCCCUCGACUCAGCUCCCAAAGGGGGCCGGGUUCGCGGGGUUCCUGUGGGACGUCACAGCUGGGGUGGAGCUGAGAGAUGCCGCCUGGCAGGAGAGCUCGCCUGGCAACGGGCACGGGAAACCCGCCGGCCCCAGUCCCUACCUCGCAAGGUUCAAGGUGGGAAGCCAUGACUUGACCCUCGUGAACCUUCACCUGGCAGCCCUGACCCUCCCAGGGGGUGAGAAUCCGAGCAAGAAUCACAGCGAUGGGCACCGCUGGGCUAGCUUCACCCAGACUUUGCAGGAGAGCCUGAAAGGAGAAAAAGAUGUGAUCGUUUUAGGGGAUUUCGGCCAGGGGCCAGACAGCAGUGACUACGACAUCUUGAGGAGGGAAAAAUUCCACCCCCUGAUCCCCGCGCACACCUUCACCAACAUCAGCACCAAGAAUCCUCAAGGCUCGAAGACGCUGGACAACAUCUGGAUCAGUAAAAGCUUAAAGAAGGUUUUCACAGGUCACUGGGCUGUCGUGAGAGAAGGCCUCACGAACCCUUGGAUUCCAGACAACUGGUCCUGGGGCGGAGUGGCUUCGGAACACUGCCCCGUGCUCGCCGAGUUCUACACGGAGAAGGACGGGAGCAGGAAGGAGGGCCCUCGGAACAGCAGCGGGGUCACCCUAGAGCCAAGUGAGGCCAACAUUAAGCACGAGCGAUGAUGACGCCAAGUCAGUUUUCCACCCCCAACCCCGGAGGCGAGGAGCUCGCCCUCCGGGUGAAGAUGCAGAGCCCCGAGCUCCAGCCUCAGCACCGGCCUCGCCCGCCUGCGCCCUGUGUGGACCUCUCUGGACUCUCAAGGAAGGAGCCUGUCCGGCCCUCGAGGAGCCGGAUGCUCACAUCAGAAGCCCAGGGGAGACCCGGAAUAUCUUCUCUCUGCCGAUGCCGCCAACCGGGGUGCCCCCGGCGGCCCCCCCCCGCUCCUGGACGGCAGCGCCGCGGGAACGGCGUUGGAGGCUCAAGGCGGAGCAAGACGCUCGGCCACCAGGACCUGCCCGGCAAUGCCCGGAGCCCUCGUUUCUGACCACCCGUCUGCGUUGUUCCGGCUUCAAAUUCCAUACAGCUUUUAACUUGAGCACGCUCCUCAGAUAUUUUGAGUGGUGAUUUUUAGUUUUGUUUGGAACAAAAUAAACAGAGAUGAACCUA